AUGAUACCCUUCGAUUUCAUCGCUCAGAAGGACGCCCAGGAUGCGCAGCACGCAUUUAUCCGCAAGUUCGUUGAGGCAAAACACGACAUUGUGGCUUUCGUGAACGGCCGCCUUGGGUGGGACGGGGCUGGAGUGUUUCUCAAUUUCUUUAAAGGCUCAUUCAACCUCAGCAUGGCCAUGAAAAAAUCCCAGACCAAAGAGCGAGUCCUUAUUCGCUUCCCAUUUUUGGGGAAAGUAUAUGAGCUGUGGCGGGAGAAGAAGGUCCAGAACGAGGUCAUGGCGAUGAAAUAUCUUUCUGAACACACGAGUAUUCCUCUUCCGCGUGUGUACAGUUGGGGUCUCACCGAGGAGAGCCCACAGCAGCUAGGGCCAUUUAUGAUCGAAGAAUUUAUGGAAGGGGAGAACCUCGGCGAUAUCUUAAAAAAACCAACUGAGAACGAGGCCGAUCCUGCUAUUUUGGACCCAGAUAUUGACGAGGCAAAGCUGAAUAUUGUGUACGAACAGAUCGCUGGCUUUCUCCUACAGCUUUCACGGCUGGAAUUCCCACGUAUCGGGGCUAUCUCUCAGAAUGAUGUAUCUGGCGAGUGGACUGUUACCGAGCCACCUCUCACAUACGACAUGAAUGAGGUCGUGGGCUUUGCUGGCUUUCCGACCGACUACUUCACUGCCAUGUCAACAUUCUCUUGUUCGAGCGACUACUUCGCAGCACGUGCACACUGCCUACAGGAGCAUCUCGAGACUCAACGCAAUAUCGCUUUUGAAGACUGUGACAUUACCUGGAACCGGUAUGUCGCGCGCUGCUGUUUCGACAAGCUUAUCCCUACACACGGUACCAUUGACGACUCAGGACCAUUCCGGAUCUUCUGCGAUGAUCUGCGGCCCUCGAAUAUGCUUGUUGAUCCCGAAACAAUGCGUAUCACCGCCCUGCUCGACUUUGAAUUUACGAAUGCUAUGCCGGCCCAAUUCGCCUAUGAUCUACCCUGGUGGCUUAUUCUUCAGCAGCCUGGCAUCGAGGUUAGCGAGGGGAAGCAGAAAUUCCUAGAUCUCUUCGAGCCCCGGAAGGAGCAGUUCCUGUGUGCAAUGGAGCGCGUUGAGGCUAGAACCACUAUGCCAGCUGGGGAGCUACGACUCUCAGCUCGAAUGCGGGAGUCAUGGGAUAGUGGGCGGUUCUGGUUCAACCUUGCUUCGAGGAGUAGCUUUGAUGUUGAUCAGAUUUAUUGGGAGAUGUUGCAUAAGGAGGGCUCAGGCGAGGUGAUGUUAGACCCAACAACAGCUGCCAAAAAGGAGGAAUUUCUGAAAAUGAAGAAGGAUCAAUUCGAGGUGUAUUGGGCAGAAAAGCAGAAUGAUGUGCGAUUUAAUGAGUAA